AUGUCGUCGAGAGGAAAACGAAAGGACGAAGAUGUCCGAGCAUCAGACGACGAAUCCGAAACCCACGCGCCGGCUAAGAAAGUCGCAAAGCCAGACUCCUCCGACGAGUCUGACGACAUCGUUGUCUGCAAUAUAUCGAAGAAUAGGAGAGUCUCUGUGAGGAAUUGGAACGGGAAAAUUUGGAUUGACAUUCGUGAGUUCUAUCUCAAGGACGGCAAAACUUUGCCCGGCAAGAAAGGUAUCUCUCUAAGCGUGGAUCAGUGGAACACACUCCGGAACCACGCAGAUGGAAUCGAUAAGGCGCUCGCUGAUCUUUCUUAG